AUGGAUGUCCCCGUGCAGAUUUUCCGGGAGGAGCUGGGCUCCACCUGCUCCCCAGGGCCCUGCCGCCCCCCCAGCACCAGCAGCAGCUGGGUCCUGGGCUGGGUGGACUAUGAUGGCAACGCCACAGGGACUUUCGAGGACGCCCAGCACAACCAUACCAGCAUCUCCCCCACCAUCCCCAUCAUCAUCACUGCUGUCUACUCAGUAGUCUUCGUUGUUGGCUUGGUGGGAAACUCUCUGGUCAUGUUUGUCAUCAUAAGAUAUACAAAGAUGAAGACAGCAACCAACAUCUACAUUUUCAAUCUGGCUUUGGCAGAUGCACUAGUUACCACUACUAUGCCUUUCCAGAGCACUGAGUACAUGAUGAACUCUUGGCCAUUUGGGGAUGUGAUCUGUAAAAUAGUUAUUUCAAUUGACUAUUACAACAUGUUUACCAGCAUAUUCACACUGACUAUGAUGAGUGUUGAUCGAUAUAUUGCUGUGUGUCAUCCUGUGAAGGCUCUGGACUUCCGUACUCCUCUCAAGGCGAAGAUAAUUAACAUCUGUAUCUGGCUAUUGUCCUCCUCUGUUGGCAUAUCUGCCAUAGUUCUUGGAGGAACCAAAGUCAGAGAAGAUACUGCUAGCACUGAGUGUUCCUUGCAAUUUCCAGACAGAGAUUACAUGUGGUGGGACACCUUCAUGAAAAUCUGUGUUUUUGUCUUUGCAUUUGUCGUUCCAGUCCUCAUUAUAAUUGUUUGCUAUACACUGAUGAUCCUACGUCUUAAAAGUGUACGACUGCUCUCAGGGUCCCGAGAAAAGGAUCGAAACCUGCGCCGCAUCACCAGACUGGUUCUUGUGGUUGUGGCAGUAUUUAUUAUCUGUUGGACACCUAUUCACAUUUUUGUGCUGGUGGAAGCGUUAGGGGAUGUGUCCCACAGUACUGCGGCUAUCUCCAGCUACUAUUUCUGUGUUGCUUUGGGUUACACCAACAGCAGCCUCAAUCCGAUCCUGUAUGCUUUCUUGGAUGAAAACUUCAAGAGAUGUUUCAAGGACUUCUGCUUUCCGUUUAAGAUGAGGAUGGACAGGCAGAGCACCAGCAGAGUCAGAAACACUGUGCAAGACCCGGCCUAUAUGAGGGAAACAGAUGGGACAGAGAAACCUGUAUGA